AUGUACACUGGUCCAAUCACCUCCUCCAUCACCGUCACUACCACUAAACCAAAACUAAACCGUGCCAAUCGUAACAAUCCCAACAAUCGUCACUAUUACGACAAUGACAGACAAUAUUAUUCUCAAAAAGCAGAUUUAAAUGCCAAUUCUCAAAUAAUGAAUCCAAAUCAUCCGUUACAUUAUCGAGGACUCUCUCAUGGUGAACAACUCUAUCAAGAUAAAAAACAAGAAUUGAGAGAGCACGCGAAUAGGAAUAAUCCGAAUCAUGCGAGUUAUAAUGAGGAUAGAAAACCGGAUGAUAAGAGUAUGAAGAAGAAGAAGAAAAGAGAGAAGAAUGGUGGGGAUGGUGGUGAGAGGAGUGAUGGGUGUCAAAAGUCAACAUGCUCAGAGAUGUAA